UUCCUUGUGUGGAAAAGCAAAGGAAAAAAACAGUGCAAGAAUGAAUUAGAAGGUGGGCUGCAUACUCGAGAAGUUAGAGAAAUUCUUUAUUUCAAUAGUGAUUUCGGUGCGUGUGCUAGGCCAUAAAUACGUAAAUAAUUAUAAUUAUUUCCCCGAGCUUAUUUAAUAAAAAAGUUGAAGUAAUUUUGACUCACUUGUCUCGCGAUCGCGUAUUUUAAUUUCCUUUAAAGCUUUGGGAGUUUUCGGGUACCUACAGCACUUUAGACAUAGCAUCUCGAAGAAAGUCUAAGCCGCAGUGUAUGUCAUAGCUAACUAGAAGCAAAUAAAAUAUUAUUUUGCAGUGGAAACAUUGUGCUUUUAUCAAAAAUUAGAGUCGAUUCAAGUACCCUUGAAGGUCGAUAAUGAGCGGUUGCGGUAAAUAAUCAUCGGCUACAAUACCUUAAAGAAAAUACAGCAAACCUUAAAGAAAAGAACAAAAAGAUUAGUAUCUGCCCAAACGUUUGUUUGAAGUUCGUGUAUUUACUAGCUGUGAAGGUUACAUAUUUAAAGUUGAAUGCAGUCGAUGUGAACACAGUUGCUUAGGAUCCAGUGUAUAAAAAUAUAUCGUAAUGGCGACAACAGCAGCGGCGACUUCUGCAACAGCGCAGGCUACAAGUGUUGUUGUACUCGAUCGGGGAAACAAUACAACUUGUACUAUAAAUCUACAUGGUGCUACUGUCGUUUCUUGGCGAGUGAACAACCAGGAACAGUUGUUUGUGAGUAAACUUGCUUCAUUUGAUGGGAAAAAAGCUAUUCGUGGUGGUAUACCUUUCGUAUUUCCGCAAUUUGGACCUUGGUCAUUUGGGCCUCAGCACGGAUUUGCACGCAUCACGAGAUGGAAUUUGGAAAGACCACCAGAACGUUUACACAAUGGUGAUGUUGAAGCUAUUUUUUCUUUAAUGGACAAUGAAUUCACUCGCUCCAUGUGGAAUUAUCAAUUUCGAAUCACGUAUCGAUUGAUUUUGCGGGAAAAGGAAUUGCAUUUUCACAUUGGUGUAUAUAAUCCGAGCAAGGAUUUGUCCUUCACAUUUAAUAUGCUUUUACACACAUACUUAAAAGUUCCUGAUGUACGCCGCUGCCAAAUAACGGGCUUACAUGGUUGUACGUUUAUUGAUAAGACUCGCGAAGGUGCUAUUUAUCAGGAGGGGCGUGAAAUUGUGACAAUUGGUGAGUGGACUGAUCGAAUUUACCAGCACACACCCCAAGAGCAUGUUAUCACGAACGUUGUAUCCGGAAGGAAGAUGCGACUGCACAAGUAUAAUUUUCCUGACACAGUCAUUUGGAACCCCUGGAUUGAUCAAGCGCGAGAAAUAAGCGAUUUCGGCGAUGAUGAAUUUCCUAAUAUGCUAUGCGUUGAAUCUGGACAUGUUUCUUCUCCGGUUAUACUACUGCCUGGUACAGCGUUCGAAGCCAGUCAAAUACUGCAGCAGUUCAAAUGCCCGAAAGUAUCUCAAGAGGAUAAUGAAUUAAAAAACAAAAACUGAAUUAUCAAGAACGGCAAGAAGUGGCAAGUGUGACACGUUGAAGCAUUAUCAUCGAGGGAAAUGUCAAUAGAAAAACUAAACGGAAUCGCUAACGUUUAAAGAAUCGGAACCCACAGAGAUAAACCGAUUCAUAGGAGCCACAUUGAAGAGUGAUUUAUAAAAUAAUACAUACCAUUAUUAGAUGUUUAUAUUGAAGUUGUAAAUCAAGCAAACGCAGAUAAGAAGAAAAAAUGUCAAUUUAUUCAAUAUUAUAGAAAACCAUUCCAUUCAAUUAAAAUAAAUAAAUAUGUACGUACGUGAAAAUUAAGUAGGUCGUCGAAAUCAAAAUUAUAUUUAUAACCUCCCGAUUUUAAUCUUUAUAACUAGGCGUUAAUUAAAAUUUAUACGUAAAUCUUCGGUUUUUUUAAAUAAAUUUUCUCCCUAUAUUGUUUUACCGAGUUUUAUUAAAACUUCAUAUUUAUCUUAUUGCAAAAGUGUGCUAAGCACGAUUUUUCACUGUGCGUUUUUUUAACUUCAGUGAAAGUACGGUGAUGUAUCAUAAAAUAGAACACUCCAUAGUCAUGUUUUUGAAACAAGUGUAAACAAUUUUUUUUUGGAAAUACUGUUCGAGUGACAGUUCUUGACUAAAUAAAUGUCCGGGUAUUUCCGGUAAAGUAGACCCAUUAUUUGCCUAAUCAUGAAAAACCAAAAUCGUUUAAGUAGUGACGUAAAACCGUUAAGUAUUUAAUCGAUUUAAAAUUUGUGUAAAAAAUUAAUCUAUCUGUAUUCUGAGAAUAGCUUCCAAAUUUACCGUUUAUAAAAUUCUAUGCGCUAUAACCAGGUGUACAAUUAAAUAGCAGCAGUUAAUUUUAAAAUUGUUGAGCAGUUGCCGUUAAGUGAUAUUUUAUAUCCGUUCAAAAUUGUAUUCAGAUUCUUUUUAUUUUAAUUUUACAUGGAUAUGUGUAGUAUGUAAGCAUGCAUGUUCUGUGAAUGCAUAUAGUACUUGCAACUGUUUUUAUAGACAGCGAAAAGAUCCGAAAAUAAAAUAAAAAUAACUAAGCGAUUUUAAAGGUUACAAUUUUUAAUAGAAAAAUUAACAACACCAUAAACCCGUGCUAGCCAAAAAAAGGUGGAAGUACGUAUCAUUUUAUGAUUUCGAAAAAGAGUAUAUCUAUCACCUUGAUCAAAAAGUUCCCGGAAUCUAUUCAGCAAAUCCGAAAUACAAGUUUAUUCCUCAAAGGUGAUGUCAUCGCUUUCAAAGUACUCCACAUAGUCGAAAUCCAUAAUCUACUUUCUUUUUUUUUACUGAAAACGACAAGAUUUUUUUGGUCGAGUUUCAUUCGGAGCUCUCAAUUGACUCGCCUGAUGUCUGGAUUGCAUGUCACAUUCAUAAAUCCACGUCUCGUCUCCAGUAAUAUGCGUUUGAUGAAUGUUGGGUUGGAUUUAGCCUUCGAAUUCAUGUCUUUUUGGCGAUACGUGUUGAUAUCUCUUUUUUGCAUGAAAUUCAAGUCCUUUGGGACCAACUUUGCAGUAACACGACGCAACCCCAAAUCAUUAACUACAAUGUCUUGAACGGAACCAUAAGCCAUGUUCAAGUCCUCUGUCAGCUCUAUGAUGGUUAAUUUGCGGUUAUUGAUCGACUUUUCUUUCACUUUAUUGAUAUUUUCAUCAGUUUUCAAUGUCGACGGCUUACAACUACGUUUGUCAUCCUCAAUGAACUCACAGGAUCUCCUGAAGCUUUCAUGCCACUCUUAAACAGCUAUGUUCUUUAGAGUAUCAUUACCGAAACAGUUUCCCAACAUUUAUAAGGUUUUCGCAACAUUGAAUUCAUUUUAAACGCGAAAAUUGAUAUAAACUCGUAGCAAAUCCAAAUCCCGUUUUAAAACUGUAAGAAAUUGAAAACACGUGCAAUGGUGGGUUUAUUCAAGACGGCGUAACGUUUACAAAUGUCAAGCAAUGGCAAUACAGUUUUGGUAGGAAUGUUAAUCAUAGAUGUAGCAACCUAACAAAAAAAAACAGAA